GUCAACUCGUUCCGUGUGCACCAAGGCAGACAAGGUCGUAGGAGCAAACAUGAUGUCAGUAGCUACCCGUUCAGGGGCUUUUUCCCCUUAUAUGCAGGCUACAGCAUUUGCUGUCGCCGGGCCCCUGAAAGCUCUGGUGCCUGGGGUUGUUGUUAAAGGAGAGAAGAUUCUACUGAACACGAAGAAACCAUUCCUUUGCCGCGAGUCGCUAGCCGGUCAAAGCCCACAUACUGGGCCUGCUGUGACAGUUAGCAUCAAUGGCUGUGCGGGUCUCAGGUAUGCCCACACAGACAUCAGGAUACCAGACUUCACUGACUACAGGCGUCCAGAGGUGCUUGACCCCAACAAGUCAUCCCAGGAGAGCAGUGAAUCCAGGAGAACCUUCUCCUACUUGGUCACUGGGGCCACAGCCGUGGUGGGCGUCUAUGCUGCCAAGACAGUGGUCACUCAGUUUGUGUCCUCCAUGAGUGCAUCAGCUGAUGUGUUGGCAAUGUCCAAGGUUGAAAUAAAGUUGAGCGACAUCCCAGAAGGUAAGAACAUGACCUUCAAGUGGCGAGGCAAACCGCUUUUCGUACGUCACCGCACGGAGAAGGAGAUCGCUGCAGAGGUUGCCGUCAACCUCGCAGAACUGCGAGACCCUGAGCAUGACAAGGAUCGGGUCAUCGAUCCAAAAUGGGUCAUCGUCCUUGGAGUGUGUACACAUCUGGGCUGUGUGCCCAUCGCCAACGCCGGAGACUAUGGAGGUUACUACUGCCCCUGCCACGGUUCACAUUACGACGCUUCUGGCCGCAUCAGGAAAGGUCCUGCCCCUCUCAACCUCGAGGUCCCCUACUAUGAGUUCCCAGAUGAAGACACGGUGGUGGUGGGAUAAAUGGCACUCGGAAUGAGAUGGCUCCAUAGUACAGCUGUCAGUCUGUCAGAAUCAUAAUUAAUGUGUACUCAGUGUAAUGAGGACACGUUGAGGUGUCCCCAUCAGCUUUUUGUAGGCUAUUACAACUGGGGCACAUGAUAGCGUUAAAUUCUCUGCUGCAUCUCACUGAACCAUGACAGCACAUCUUCCAGUGUUUGUUAAUCUUUGCGAUUGUAUUUGAUGUCAUGCGGUCACUUUACAAAUGAAAACAAGCAGCAGCUGCUGUCUGUAUUUUAUUCUGGCUUUUAAACCCUUGCAUACAGAUCAUUUACAGUUAAAAAGGCAAGGCCGUGGAAGAUGCCAUUCUCUUUUUCCUGUCUACUUAAUAUGUGAACGUGAAAUUUACACAACUGCUUAUCUUGUUAAGUUAUAAACCAUCUAAUUAUCAGAGAGCAAAUGUUGUGUUCAUGUUUGAUUAAUAAAGAUCUCUAUUUUAUUUGA